AUGUUUACGAGACAACAAACGGCCGAACAGGCGGCCAAUCAGCAGUUCGAUGACGUUAUCGGAAUUUGUCGAGAAAUAAGCUCGACAGUGAUUUCGUCGGAGAAGAGUGUGCCCGUCGCACGCAUGAUUAUUCAAGUAAUUUUUUAAAAAUUGGAAAGCAUUUGUUUCAUGACUCUGGCAGUUCGAUUUUAUUAAUCCAAUUAGAAAUUUCCGAACAUUUUGAAAGAAAGACAAUCUAAUUUCGACGAGAGACGCUUCAAAAACGUGGAAACAAUUUGCAGAAGCUGUUCACGAACCCGCACAUUGACCUGUGCUCCAUCCUGCCACCGCUGCUCCCGCAACACUACGCCGACUCGCCGCACAGCCAAAUAAAUGCGCUCAUCAACGGAAAAUCGCUGUUCUUCGAGACGGUUUUGGAGGACGAUCUGUUGUGCAACGAACUGUGGGACGCCAUCAUUCGACAGUGCGAGACCUCGAUGGCCGUGAGUAUUUUUGCGAAUUUUCCGAGCUAAUUCCGUUUUUUUUUCACACUCCUUAUCCCAUAUUCGAGUUUGAUUAGGCGGAAAACAGAAAUUGUGGUUCAAAAUCGUGUGCUGCUGAAACAGUACAAUUUCAAUGAAAAUGCACUUUGAUUCUCAGAACCAUCUUGUCCUAUUUGCAGUUAUCCGAUCGGACCCAAACUUUGCAGGCUUUUUAGACGUGGAUUGAAGUAUAUUGGGUCCAAGUUUCAGACCGAUCGGAUCAUCUGAUCCCGCGAUAUGUGGAUCAGAGUCCGAAAAAACCGGGUAUUUGAGAAAAUUGAUCAGAUCAGGCUGAAACUCGAACCCAACAUACUUCAAUCCAAGUUCAAAAAGCCUGCAAAGUUUGGGUCUGAUCGGAUAGUUGAAAGUAGGCCAAAAGUCCAAGCCUUCGAAAAGCCUGGGCCGAAAACCUAGCCUUGGUAGAAUCUAAAAGAACGUUUGAAAAUUGCAGCCAACGGAGCCGGCGAAAGACUCGAUUCUCUUCUCGGUGAUUUCGCAGUACGUGACCCGGAUGCUGCCGUGCGACGAGUCGCCCAUCGCCGCCAACUCGCUGCCGACCGCCCGUUCGCCGAAAACGACGCAUCAGACGAUCAGGACGCCGCUCCAGCUGUUCCGCUCCACUUCGCCACUCGUCAAUCGCAUUUCUAUGGGUUCGGCCCUUUUUUCCCAAAAAUCUGGAAUUUGUUUGCUUAUUCCGUUUUUGCAGAAGACCGUAGCCAGAUGAUGUCGACGACGAACGUGUCAUUUCAGCCCCGACUCGUCCAACACUUUUGCAGUUUUGUCGCCAAAUCGUGCACAACCGAUCAGUUGACGAACACCACCAGAUUACUUCUGAUUAGGUAGAGCGAAUUUGAUUUGGAGAAACACUAUGUUUAUAGACUUUAAAGGAAACGGUUAAAAAUUGCAGAUAUUUGCUGAAACAAUUCCACGUAUUUUGCCAAUUCGCGACGGGCGACGUGGACGUGGACAACUGGAAGCUGGACCUGAUGUCCUCGGCGCCCUUCCUAAAAUCCCUCUUCGACUUUUUCUGGAGCUCAAUCUGUCAGGCGCCCACCACCACCGUUUUCAGGGACAUUACCAGUUAAUUUACUUUCUUUACUUUUCAUUUUUUGUAUUCGACAAGUGGCAGGCCUGGGCGAGCGAUCUGCUUCAAGCACAAAUCCGCUCAGGCUGAGAAAUUGAGACAAAACUAGAAGAACAUAGCCCGUAGAAGUAAUGCAGACAGUGAGAAGGACCUAACAACCUACCAAAGUCGCGGCAAAGUCCAAAAACUCAGACUGCUGAUCCUCAAGGGCACUCCUGUAAUUCACUUUUGCCGAGCCCUGAUUUUUACACGUAAAAUAGAGUACUUAAAUUUAAAAAAACAAGAAUUGGAUAUGUCUCUUUUCUUUACAGCUGAAAAUUUGGAAAAUGUUGUGAAAUCCUCAUCGUUUCAAAUUGCAGUGUGCUGGCUGACGUACUGCCGUCCGUGGCGCUACCACAACAUGUCGAGCCCGACGGACUUUGCGCCCGCCUCCAAAUACCGCGCCUUCUUCGAGAACAAUCUCGAGUUCUACGAGCUGAUCCUCGGAAAAAUCAUCAAAAAGUUCGCGGCGUUCGAAAUGUGCGAGGAACUGAUUGUGAUCCUCCGAGCGGUGGUCGAAUUCGCGUGGAAAGAGCCGCAGACACUGCUUUUACGGCACGUUCAUCUGGAUAUUCAGCCGCAUUCGCAGGAAUUACUCAAACAAAUGCAAACGGUCAUUCGCAUGCGACAGGCUGAGAAUCGCAAAGAAAGAGAGGCUAGUUUUGCACAUUUGCACACACAUUUCGCUACAAACUUUCCGAGAAACAAUUCGUUUUUUUUUGCAGGAGAACUCUGGCUUCUGGAACUCGUUAUUUUCGACUGGCGUCUCGGCGAGAAUGGCGGCGAACAGUCGAUUAAUCGGCGAUCUACUCUUACUGAUUAAAGACAGCGAUUCGUAUUUGGGAACACGAUUAAUGCAGGAAUUGGAGGUGGAUUCGAAUGGGAGCGCACUCCAAAACGGAAAUAAUGGGUGAGGAAUGUUUUAGAGCCAAAGCAACGCAUUCUCUGGCAAGGCAAGGAGACGUAUUCCUUUUUUUUUUUUGAAUUUUGCCUCCUGAAAAUCACCUUCUCCAGACCAAACUCCACGUCGCAAUUGCUGCACGAAACUCCGAAAUCGGGUCUCGGAAUACCGGAUCACUACGUCGACUCGCGUUCAAAUCACAUGCUCCUGACGCCGAACGGACAGCGGCAAGUGCUCAAUCGAGAAAAGUGAGCAUUCUCUCCGGGCGAUGGUGGCUGGCAACGGACACGGUUGAACAGCAAAAAUCUGUCCGUUUCUAUGACUUGUCAAGAAUUGAAAUUUGCAGAAGAUUCGACUUUUCAAAGUGCAACAAAGACGAUGCGAAGGCGCCGAAAAAGAGUUACGAACUGGGCGUGGCGGUCCGUUUGGCGACGGCUCUCGCGCAGAAAGCCAACGAAGUGCCGUUUGUUCGCAAUAUCGGAGACAAUUAUUCGCACAAUAAUUGUACGGGUUUUUGUCUAGCAAAACGAAAAUUUAGUUUAAAAUCUGGAACGCUCAGGUUUCUUUGCUAUUUUCCUACUCCUGUUUCAGUGCUCGGAUCGUUGGCCCGUCACAUAAUGUACCCGCCGGUGCCGAAUCUCGACCCCAAUGCGACCGUCCCCGCCUUCCAAUCGAAAAUACACCGAUCGCCGCCGCUUCUUCGUCUCAGGGUGAGCCUUUUUCGGCGAAAUUUUGCGAAUCAAAUGCUGCGUAGCGACUCAGAAAUUUAAAACUUGGCAUGCCGCUAACCGCGUCGCAGCGCACGCGACGCGUAUGAUUUCUAUUGGUCCCAACAAAUCGAUAACAUCCGUAUUUUGCAGUAUUUCGCCUCGUACCAAUCGAUCGCCUUCUUCGUGUGGCUCUCGCUGUCCCUCAAAUUCGGAUUCAUCUUUUUCGUCGUCACGUUUGUCCUCAUUUCCCUAAUUUUCAUCUGUGUCGCCCUUUCCACCAUUGAUUCUUGAUUCUGUUCACUGAAAAUCGUCAUCUCUGUCACCCUGUGUCGGGUAUUUUCCUUCUGAAAUGCUUAUUAUUUUUUACUCCGAAAAAAAUCGAUCCGAGAUCUUGAUAAUACCUAUUUUUCUAUAAAGUAUAUUUAACUCACACAAUGUGAACGAUGAACGCCUGAAUGUUGUGCACAUUGUAAUAUUUGUAAUGUUUUCGGAUUUUCAAACGUUUUAAAGAACAUUUUUAGGCCGAAAAUGGGAAAAGUGGAAGAAGUUGAGGCGGAGAAAAAAGUGUGGGAAAGCGACGACGCGUGGGAACUGAGGAAGGCGUUCAUGUUGGCACAUUACGAUGAUUAUCCCAAGUGAGUGAGGAGAAAAAAUUAUUUUGGGUCCGAUUAUCCGGUCCCGAGAUAUUUGCCGGGUUUCUGCGAAUAUCGCGGCCUUUACAGCCGCAAAUCAGUAUAUCUCGGGACCAGAUGAUCAGAUCGGUCUGAAACGUGGACCCAACAUACUUCAAUCCAAGUACAAGAAGCCUGCAAAGUACGGGCCCAAAUUUGCCUGAACUUGCAAAAAAUGUCUUCUCAAAAAUCAAUUAACCUAAUUUAAUGCAGAAUCCAACUGCAAUGUCUCUCGCAACUGUUCAUCAAUGUCACUCUUCUCGGAUGCGAGUAUUCGCAAUCAUUGAUGGAAAAAAUUCGAACGAUGGGCGCCGGAAUCAGUGCGAAUACGGUAACCUUUUUCAAUGUUUCAAUGUUUCUUUAAAUUCUACCUCAAAUUAUUAUCUAUUCUGUUAAAUUUUCUCUAUAAAAAUAUAAAUAAUUGUAUUUAAUUACAGGACCGCAAAAAGAGCGGAAAUUACGUGAAAGCGUCGGCGGCGAAGAAGCGGCAAAUGGUGAAACCGUCGGAUUUGGAACGAGCCGGCGACGGAGAGCAACCGGAUCAAAAGUGAGCAUUUUUUGCAAUUUCCACCUUCUGAGCUUCUGAGUUCGUACUGGUCGUCUGACGUCUCGUGGACACCAUUCCAUCAGUCUUUUCGUUUCCGAAAAAACACCGAUCCGAACUAUCGAGUCGAAGAUUGAGGCCUUGACUUUGCUAUCUCUCGUGGCUUCCAGAAUGUUUCGUUCCAGAGAUGGGCGCCGAUUGGCGGCGAGACGAAAACUUUCGAGCAUGUUCCAGUGUGCGCAAUUUAGCGUCAGCAGUCAGAGUCGACGAAAAAGGGUGUCAUGAGAGAGCGUGUUCCCGUACCGCGCCCAUCUCUGACUCGUUCUCUGCGGUCACUUUGUGGUCCCAGCUGACCGUGUCCUCCAGAGGUGUUCCAUUGAUGAAAAUCGCUCCUUGAUCAGUCGAUCAGGUUCGGAUAGUCUUGGUUUUGGCGAUGUUCAGUUUGAGGCCAAUUUUGUUGCUUCCACUCAUCCCCAGAUUAAAAGUCGCAUUUUUUUUACAACUACGGUGAAAAAAUCGCCUGUUUUUUCAGACGCUCGAAAAAAUCGAAAUCUCCGGAGGAACGUCACGAGGCAUUCAACGAGAGACUCGAAAAACUCAAAUCCGCACUUGCUAUGGUAUUUUUUACAACAAAAAACACCCUGACAUUGCUUCUUUUUUUUGCAGACCGCCCAUCACCUGACCGCCGAGCAAAUGAUGAAAACGGCGGCGAACAGUUGCCUUCUCAAGUGGUUCAUCAAGAAAUCGAAUCAGAAAAUCGAGAUUUUCAUCGAUCGAUUCGUCGCUUUCAGACACACGUCAGUCGGUCCCGUUUUUUCGAAAAAAAAUGCUGAAAAUUAAUAAACAUAAUGAAAGGAGACUGACCCGACGGGCCAUUUUUUAUAUUAAUUUUUUCCUGAUACUGUACAUAUUUUCCGCAUUUAUUGCAUUUUUUUGCUGUAGACAAAUUUAAAAAUGCCUUUGAAACUGUAAACUUUCCAAUUGCAUCUGCAAUUCGUUCAAAUAAUAAUUUCAGUUUCUCGCAGUACUGUGUGGACGCGAACGAGUGCGCGGUGAACGCGUUGAUCGAAAGCAUUCUGACGUGCGAAAUGGGCGUGAACGAGGACGGCGACGAAGUGAGAUUCGACGGAAUUCCGGCCGACGAGUGCUACGGAGCCUCCGUCAAACGCCGAUUCGCCAAGAUGAAACCGGCGGUGAACGGCGCGUCGCACACUGUCAAAGGUAGUGUAUUCCAUAAAAGUUUAUUUAACACUUUGAAAAGUAAAAGUAAAUUGGCCGGCCCUUGUCCUGGACCUUUAAACCACUUGCAAUAUUCCGAUUGGACCCUCUUGAAUUUGGAUUGAAGUAUGUUGAAGUAUGCGAGUUUCAGCCCGAUCGGAUCAUUAGUCGGGCUUUUCGGCCAAUAUCGGUCCUCAGGCACUAACUCGAGUCUAAAUAAUUCGAUCGGUCUGAAACUUGGUCCCAGUAUUCUUCAAUCCGAAUCCAUAAAGCCUGCAAAGCUCUGUAAGAAUGCACAUUCACAUUUUUAGGUCUCUCGAAAGCGCUGGAAUCGGUGAACAUGUCGCUGAUCCAGAACACGCAGAAACUCGAGGGCUGGUCCCAGCAACUCGAUCUCGUGGCCGGCGAUCUUCUGCUGGGCACGCGCAUUCUCUCGGCCACCGAGUGCACGAAACCCGCGAUGGCCGCGAUCGCCGACAAAAUGGCCGCGCACGUGUGCCGACUCAUCCAGAACGACGAGAUCGACGUGAAGAACUCGCCGAAAUCGCACAGCUCUCUCGCUUUCAUCUGA